GCCUCCCGCGGCCUGGAGCGCGGCGACCGCGACGCGACCCUGCGGGGCGCGGCCGCGUCGCGCUGCCCCGCGGGGGCGGCCUGGGCGGCGGCCUCGGCCCACGGCAAGCUCGUCAAGGUCUUCUGCGGGGACGGCCCUGGGCCCGAGCAGCUCGGCGGGCUCCCACUCCUCUCCAAGGAGAUCGGGAGCCUGCCCGUCUCGUCCUUGGCCGAUCGGCCGUCCUGGACUCCCUUUCUCAGCUCCCUGGACCACGAGAUCUACAUGCAGGCGGACGGCGGCGGCCAGGAGGCGCCGCCCGUGGAGGUUGUCGGCUACGCGGACCUUGGCGACCCCAAGGCCGUGGCCUCCCUGGUCGGCGGCCUCCUGGGCCUCUCCGACGCCCUGAACGCCA